CCCGCCAUCACUCAUCCAACUCUCUUGGACACUUGUUCUGUAGUGCAGUUCGUUCGAAUCAAGAUGAGAGAUCCCCAUCGACUUUUCUUAAAGAGCCUCAUGUCUAAACAGUUUCUUUCUGAGACGGAGACUAAGACUCUCUGCCAGAAAUGUUGCAGCGCCAGUGAAGAUGAAAGCCUUGCUGAGGAUUUUGAAGCAUUCCUAGAAACUGUUAACAAAAAUUUGAAACUAUUCUUCAUGGAGAUCAGACGAGGAGUUUCAGAAGAAGAUGGAGCCGUCCAUUUCGGUUUGGUUAAUACAGCAGAGGAUGAGGCUUCAAAACUGGCAACAGAUUUUUCUCCAAGUGAUAUUGCAUUCUUCAAAAAAGCAAUGGACCUCAUAGUUGCUUCACCAGAUGGGUUGGCAUCUUCGAUGGAGAUACUCAAUGCUACACAUGAUUUGGAGAAAACUAUCAAAAUAAAGAUGAGUAUUACACAUGCUGAAAACCUGGUUGAAAGACUUAUUAAAGAUAAAUGGAUGUCAGAGUUGUCAGGAUCAUACACUUUGGGACCAAAAGCAAUGUUGGAACUACGUCCAUAUCUAAAACGAGUGUAUGAAGAUGAAAUAGUGGACUGUAUGAUUUGUCGCGACAUAGCUGUAAGGGGACAGUGUUGCACUCAGUGUGAUGGCAAGAUUCAUAAUCAUUGUGCUGCUCGCUUCUUUAAUGGAAGAGCUCAGAAGACAUGUCCAAACCAACAGUGUGGUGCCAUUUGGACACAUAGAGUUCCUCACUUGUCAACAUCAUCUUCUCAAGCAAAUGGUGAAAGUAAUACUGUAGCAGGAAGGCAUCACAAGAAGAGAAGAAAAUAGGCAAAGUAACACAGACUUUGAUAGAGGACCAAACAAACAGAAAAUUGAUUUAAAAAGUUAUAUUUAUUGUACUCUGACAUUAAGAGCAAAGGGAAUUGUUCAAAUUUCAAGUAGGAGUUUCCCCACAUUUUUUUGUAAAACCAAACUCUACUCAGCUUAUCAACAUCAACAGUAAAUUAAACUAGUUGUGAAAUGGUAGUAGAAACAUAUAAAGUUGUUACACUUGUAAGCCUUGAAUACUCCUGAAUUGUUUUUCCUUUUGACUUGAAUGUGUGCCAAAAAAAUUAUCUGUGAUCUGAAUAAUAAUCAAAGUUAAAGAAAGAAACAGCUAACUGGUAUUCUGAAUAAAAAAAAACUUCUUAUGAGAAUCACAGUGUUUGAUAACAUUUUUGCCUCUCUUUCCACUUUCCACAUUUGGGUAGUAGCAUGGUAGCAUCUCUGAGGAUAUCACAUUAAAAAAAAACAUGAUUAUCCUUGUUGUUCUGGUAUGUGGUAUGUUUGUUUGUUUUGGUGAGUUUUUGUUGGGUUUCCUGACAGCUGAUGUUGCACCACUGAUGGAUUGACCCCUUCAAAACCAAAGAAUCUAAAUGUUCCAGUUAG